UGUUGUUUUAUUCCACAGGUUGAUAUAUCGUACAAGAAGCCAGUGUUAAAUCUUAAUUUAUACGACACCACAGGAGACGAAGACAUAUUUAUUAAUCAGGUUCUUGUAGACACUGGAAUCGCUGCUUUUGUGGAAAAUCCAGAGGAACAAACAGCGACUAAUGUGAUGACAGUCAAACUCUCUCUUGAGGAUUUAGAGAAUACUGCUUCAAGUAUGGAACAUGGAGGUUCGCCUUCUGAAGAGAUCGACAGCAAUGCAGUGAAAAGUCCAACAAGUCCUUUAAGUAACUGGGAUCCGAUGAAGGAAGAUUUCCUCUCGGCUAAAAAUACAUACGCAAUUAACACAGAUGAUUUGGACAUUGCUUUCCAGGGAUACCAGGACUUAAGCAGAAGAGUUUGUCGCUAUUAUCAAACCAGGUCGGGCUGCUGGCGAGGAGAUCAAUGUCCCAAUCUCCAUCUAAAGAAAGGAGAGGAACUGCAUGACUUAGUGGAGGUGUUUUGUGACAACAUGGACUCGUCUGUCACGCUACCCGAUAUUGGAACUUGGGUCGCAGUUCGUGUCACGGCCAUCUUUAAUCCGGGACAUUUCUGGGUGCAGUUCCCGUAUGGGCCUGAACCGAUCGAAAAUCGUAUUAUUGCAGGUAUGUUUUAACCGUUGGAAGGAGCUCAGGACUUCACGGUAUUUCGAGUCAUUUUGGCCACGCACAAAAUAACCUUUAAAUUGAAGAAAACCUGAAAAUAGUAGUUUACUAAGAUAGAAA